AUGAAAUCAUCGGAAUUGCCCAAAAAAGUGCCCAAAGAUUUGCUAGAGAAGAUGAAACUUUCUGGCUUUUCGCAAUCCCUGUCCAGGAUCCAAGGAUUGGGCAGUGGCCUAAACGCAACGCUGAUUUGCUCGGCGCUCCUGGCACUUUUCUUCACCGCCGCCCAUGGAUUGCAGCUGAAUUCCUUCACAACGAAGACGCCGCGGGUCAGCAAGUACACAACCAAAUCGCCCUCGGCCUCCUCGAUGAAUCAUGAUGCCACCGCUUCGCUGUAUCGAUUCAAUGCCACCAACGGCAUCACCUGCAUACUGAUGCAGGUGGACGGACUAAUCAGCAUCAAGUACCGGAACAAGCUGAACGAGGAUGUGGAGGCCGACCUCUACAUGCCCGACGAUCCCCAGCUGAGUGGAGAGUGCGUCGAGUCCAACAUGGAGAUUCUCACCAUGGACUUUAAGGGUUUCCGGCUGUCUAUGACAUUUAAAAAGUCAUCUGGCGGCGAGGGUUGGUAUAUCAACCUAUUCGAGCUGACCUAUUCCUCCUCCAACUGGCUGUUCGAGCACCCCGAUCGCCCCAACCUGGACGUGAAGCUGACUUCGCCCGCCCAGACGCCCAUGUACUUUCCCACGCCGGUGGGCAAAUCGUAUGUGUGCGACAAGGAGCAGACUGUGAUCAUGUACGCCCCGCACGAUUCCGGCGACCAGUCGGGGCACAUAGCCAAGUUGUAUCUGCGGGACAUGCACAUGCAGAGCUUCAUGUUCAAGGACAGCGGCAAGUGGGGUCCGUCCUUCCACUGCAGCGCUACAGGAUCCUAUCGCGAUGAGACGGCGCCUCUGGCCGUGGGUACUGCUCUGGCCAUUGCCGUGCUGCUGACCAUUUCCGGCUACGGCGGUUGGAGGUACUUUAAAAUCAAGAAGGUGCAGUACGGUUCCAUGGAGUGAGCAGACCCCCGAAUCAAGUGAAGCGUUCGUUUUUGUUCAACUAUUUGAUCAUAUCGUUGUCUACACAUAUCCCCCACGUUUGUUGGAUCUAUUGCAAUCCUGUAGUCCUAUUUUUAAACUUUAAGAGUCAAAAUUAAGAGUUGUCCCGGCAGAUACUGAGAUUAACAUUUACGAGGUUAUCGAAAUCAACUAAAGAUACAUAUAUGAGAAAUGCAAAUGUCUUCCAUAUUGUUAAUGUAUAAAAUAAUAGCGCACCAUAUAUGAUUAUUAAAUGUUAAUAUAUAUAUAUAUCAUUAUUAGCCGAAAACUAUUAUUUACCAGGCAAACUAAUCUAAGCGAAAGACCAAAGUUGGCAUCGUGGACGUCAUAUCAAAUCUUGUACUCAUGUUUCAGCAAUUUUAACAAAGCAUCUAUACUGAAUAUCCGUUUUUUACGACACAUUGUUAAACGAAAUCUCCUGCACCUCCUAUUAAACAUUCAUUGUCUCUUUGUCCAAUCAAAAUUUUGCCAAUUGAAAUAUUGAAAGAUAUGUGUGCGGGAAAACAUAUAGGAACUUUAAAUGCUUUUGUUUAUAAUUAGUAUUAAUGAGUUUAAUAAAAUUGGAAAUAAAUACUGAUGCCUGCUGAAAUAAUUGGUUUUUAACUAUUGGUUGACUUCAAUAUAAAGGUUAUCUGUUAGAAGAAUUGCAAAUAUAAGGAAGCGAUAAGUAAUUUAUUCUACCGGUCUCCUGAAUGAAAACAUUUUAUGAAAUCAAAUUGGACAAUCAAAAUAGAAAUAGGUAAGUUCGUUAAGAGAAAUUUAUAUAUUUUUACUUUAACAAUCUGCUGAAAUGAGUCCCCUGUGCAUUUCUUCUUUCUUUUUCAAAUAAAUCAUUUAACCAUUAAACAAAUCAAAACAAAUCAAUACAGUUGUAUAAAGUCUAGCCAAAAACAAUUAAGUAGUUUUCAUUUGUAAAUAUUGUUGUUUUGAUAAGGUAAUAAAUUAGUAUUCUGGGUUGCGCAUGGUAUCUUUUUUGUAAAGGUACCAAAACCUGGAUAAAAAUUCAGACAACUUUAUUAUACUUGAAUAUACCAAAGAGUGACUAUGAUGAUUAAUCAUUUUAAACCUAUAUAAACAAUUUAUAUUAAACUUUC